AUGCUAGGGCGUCAGGUUACGAUGCUUUUGAAGGUUAUAGUAGCUGUAGCAGUGCUGUUUGUAUGGCACAGGAGCCGGGAUUCUUCACGCGGUGACGGUAGCAAUGGUGAUGGCCUUAGUGAUAGCAGUGGCAAUGGGUUCCGGUUAGAGCACAUCUGGGCGUAUGAUCCUGAGGAUGUAGUAAGCAGUUGUGUAGAUGUUAGCGAGGAGAUGCGUGUGAGUGCGGACGAGUAUGUUAGUAUGGAGUCAGGUUCUGAGUUUGUCGAGAGUUGGUGGGCUAAGACUGGUGCGAGGCCGUUUAGCCAUGUGUUUGAUCUACGGUCCCGAAGCAUGGAUAUUCAGAGGUUGCAAGAUCGAGAUCCCGUAUCGAUGGAGAAGUACAUCGAUUUUAGCUUAGAGAACCCCGAAUUGGCGCGCACCAUUGAGCUAGAGUGGGAAACGGCAAAGAUACAGGUGCCGGAUGUGCGCAAUAGAAACACCGUGUUGGCGCUGGCGCUGAUGUCUUCAAAUGCGUAUGUGAGAACACCGUAUACCGGUGAUUGGCGGAACUUAUCAUCUUCCUGGGGCCACACUGGCGAGGAGAAGUUCGGAUGGGACAAGGACGGACUGCGAGGGCACAUAUUUGUUAAUAAAAUUACAAAAGUUGUGGUUAUAGCAAUAAAGGGUACAAGCUCACAGGGGCUGUUCGGAUCUGGUGAAGAAGAUACCAUCACAAACGAUAAAAUUAACGAUAAUCUACUUUUCUCAUGUUGUUGUGCAAGGAUUAGCUAUCUAUGGACAACUGUUUGCGAUUGUUACAUGAAAUCGUAUACAUGUGAUGAGAACUGUGUGGAGGCUGAGCUGAAGAGGAAAGACAGAUACUAUGCGGCAACACUAAAGCUUUAUAAACAAGUUACUGAGAUGUAUCCAGAUUCGGCAAUUUGGCUGACAGGCCACUCUCUUGGUGGUGCGCUGGCCGCACUUCUGGGAAGGACAUAUGGUGUCCCUGCAGUGACCUUUGAAGCACCGGGUGAGUUAUUACCAGCAAAGAGAUUACACCUGCCUUUACCACCGGGACUACCAGACUAUGAGGAGGCUAUAUGGCAUUUUGGACACAACGCCGAUCCCAUUUUCAUGGGAACCUGUAAUGGGGCCAGCUCUUCUUGUUCCAUCGGUGGAUAUGCGAUGGAAACUGCAUGCCACUCUGGCCAAUACUGCAUGUACGAUGUUGUAAACGACAAAGGCUGGAGAGUGAACCUGUUGAAUCAUAGAAUCCAUAGAGUUAUAGAUGAGGUUAUCUUGGAAUAUGGCAGACCAGCAAAGUGUCAGAGAGCUCCUACUUGUAUAGAUUGCUACAAUUGGAAGUUUGUUAACAAACGGAGGAACAGAAGGGAGGAAUCAUCAAGCUCUAUUGCAUCUUCUUCACAAUUAACAUCCUCUCAUUCAGAAUCUGAGACCUUGACCUCUACAGACGCACCAGAAAAAACAUGCAUAGGAAGAAACUGGCUGGGAAUAUGUACAGAUUACGGUGUGUGA